UAUGUCCAAGAAUUCAUUGCAAGAAGAAGUGGAGAAAAUGACAACGCUAACAUAUAAUACUUUAUGUAUAGGAUUCAUGUUCGUACAAUGUUUCAGCACUGUCUUUGCUCGCGACCUACAAGAUAAUCUCGAUGCCACUCAAAUCACACCAAAACAUGUCGAAACAGCUCAGCUUACUAAUUUCGGAGCUAAACACAUUCCAAGUAAUAUUGGUUUUGGUGCGGUUGGAAGUUUAGAAGUUGCCAUCACAUUCUCGAUUCCUAUCAUCCAGAUUCCUUUUCCAAAGGAAGGUUCUACGGUGGGCAUUAUUAACGAACACGACAAAGAUAAGAUUAAAGGUAUUGUAAUUACUCCAGCGACUACUCAUGAGUUUGGUCUUUCCCCUGGAAAAGAUGGUGUAGAGUUCUGA